AUGGGACAAUUGUUGAGACCGUCUGAAGAUGAGAGCCAUUGGCAUGCGACUCCAGGCCGAGUGCCAGGAUUUGGCCCAGGAUGUGAAUCCUUCGCUACCUGGAUUGGAGCUGUAGGUGACGCUACCCUGAUACACAGCCAUACAUCACUGUUGCACUCCGAUGAUGUGAUAGACGCUCAGCUAGUGGCUAGCAAGGUGAGAAAUCCAAAUAGAGUUUGAAC